AAACAACAAUCUGAAAGAUACAAGCCAUUAUGUUUAUGGUUUAAUUUUUUUUAAUUGAAUAUAUUUCAUCACUUUUAUGUAGUCAUUAUUGAUUUUCAGUUUUGUUUGGUUUUGUUUAUUCCGUGUUGAUGGUUUCGUUUCGUUUCAUUAGUCUCGUUUCGCUUCGAUUGGUUUCGUUUCGUUUCGAUUGGUUUCGUUUCGUUCAGUUCGGUUUCGUUUCGUUUCGAUUUCGUUUCGCACUUUACAGGCGCCCCAAAUAGGACAAAUUCAGUGCAUUAUGAAUACCAUGUAUGACGUAAAAUUAAAGAUAACAAGCUUCGGUAUUUUUACGAAAAGAUAAGACUAAGGGACUAGCUUGUUCAAGAUGUUCAUUAUAUUUAAACUAUUUUUAUAUCUUAUUGUCCUUGUGCACUUUUUUCAGCCAGGGAGGGGUGAGAAAAGGAUUCUUUUAAAUGACCCAGGGCUCAUUGAACAGAGAUUGACUCAUCUGGAACACGAAAUACAGACGAUGAAAAGUGAAAACCAGCAGCUUAAGGAUAGAAUAAACCAGUAUGAGACUGCUAGAUCAGCUAUUAAAGGCGCCAUUUAUACACGGUGGGGACGAAAACAUUGUCCGAAUAACGUUUCUAUUGAAAUUUAUUCCGGAUAUGCCGCAGGAGGAUGGUAUAACGAUAAAGGAAGUCCGACCAAUUAUCUCUGUCUACCCCCAGAUCCUAUCUCCAGUGGAAAAUCUUUAAGUAGUGGAUACAACAACCAUCUGUUCGGUGUCGAAUAUGAGACCAACUUUUGGGGGACACAUUCACAAGACGAGGACGCUCCUUGUGCCGUCUGCUCAGCUGCCUCGGAAUCAACGCUUCUUAUGAUUCCAGGAAGAAACUCCUGUUACCCCGGAUGGACAAAGCAAUACAAUGGCUACCUGGGAACCACCUAUUUGACUCAUCCAGGAGCAAAGGAAUAUGUCUGUGUGGAUCAGUCUCCAGACUAUCUUAAUGCUGGACAAAACGGCGUCGAUGGAGCAUUAUUCUACCCCGUCUCCUACCAAUGUGGAGCUUUGCAGUGUCCUCCUUUCACCAACAACGAGAUCGUCAAUUGCGUUGUUUGUACAAAAUAAUGUAAAAUAAAACCA